UCUAAAAAGCCUGUGUUUAACUCAUUUAUUUUAUCUUUAUCACACUCUGUAAUCUGUGUCUAUCCACACCCACAUCAAAGAUCAAAAAUCCCACUCUCAACUCUGAACAACAAAAAAGAUAUACGUUUCUUUACUCCCCAAUCAACAUCUUUCAGCUGUCUUGAUUCAGAUGCAUUCAAUGAAAGAAAUUAAUGUUCAUCAAUAACUUGACCGAAAAAAAGAAGAAGCUGAUUUUGUAACAGGAAGAGAUGACGGGCUCUUGUACUCUUUAUCAAACACCAUUAUUAUUAGUUUCAUAUAUUAGCAAUACAACAAGAAGAAGAAAGUUUCCUUUUUUAGCAUAUACAGAUUGUUUAGUCCCCAAAACAACCAAUUCUUGUUCAUCAUCGUUACGGCAUAGAGAUGUAGCGAAACCACAUUUUGCACGCAAGAGUCUUAGAGUAAAUGCAUCUAAUGUUGGGGGAUAUGCAGGGAGAGAGGAAAAUGACACUCAAAGUUUAUCUACCGAUAAUCCAAAUAGUGAUGACUCUUCAGAUAUUAAAAAGCUUCCUAAUCAAAUCCCAUAUGCGGUCUCAGUAGCCCUUGUACUAUCUGGAUGUGCUUUAGUAUUUUCAAUGAUCGCCUUCGGAAAAGGUGCUCCUUCAACUUUAUUAGCAGCCAUAGCGAAAUCGGGCUUCACCGCUGCUUUUAUGCUAAUUUUUGUUUCUGAAAUCGGAGAUAAGACAUUUUUCAUUGCAGCUUUAUUGGCCAUGCAAUAUGACAAAGGACUGGUUAUCUUGGGAUCGAUGGCUGCUUUAUCACUUAUGACUGUUUUAUCAGUUAUAAUUGGACGGAUAUUUAAUUCAGUACCAGCUCAAUUUCAGACAACAUUGCCAAUUGGAGAAUAUGCAGCAGUCACUCUUUUGAUGUUCUUUGGCCUCAAAGCUAUCAAGGAUGCAUGGGAUCUACCAUCAGCUAAUGCUAAAAAUGGUCAGAACAACAGCAAUGAACUUGAUGAAUUUGCAGAAGCUGAAGAGCUUGUAAAGGAAAAGGCAUCUAAGCAACUUAAAAAUCCAUUUGAAAUCAUUUGGAAGUCAUUUAGUCUUGUAUUUUUUGCGGAAUGGGGUGAUCGUUCAAUGCUUGCAACCAUUGCUCUUGGGGCAGCUCAGUCUCCAUGGGGUGUAGCAAGUGGUGCCAUUGCUGGUCACCUGCUAGCAACAUCUAUAGCAGCAGUCGGGGGAGCAUUUCUUGCCAAUUACAUUUCUGAGAAAGUGGUUGGUUAUCUUGGCGGCGUACUAUUUCUUGUUUUUGCAGUCGCCACGUUUUUAGGGGUCUUUUAAGGAAGUUGGAACAACCCAAUAAGUAAUGCAGGGAAAAAUGGUAAUCAGAGUGGUCCUCAUUGUGUUCUUGGUGCAUCUAUUUAAUGUGUGUUAGAUGAGUAACCUUUAUAUGUCGAACAUGAGCAUUCGUACAAUUUCUUUGGGAGAGAUUGAAAAUCACAGGUAUAAUAUUAUGGUAAAUUGUUGAAACAAAA